CCGCGUCGUGAUCGUCUGUGGAUCCGUGGGUGGACAGCCGCCUCCCCCUGUUUACUUCACCGUCACCACCCCCUCCUUUCCGGCGCUGAGGUCCUUGUCCAGCUCUACACGGGCCACUUACGACCAUUUUCAUCGUUAUUUACUUAUCGGCCAACUCGUUUACGUUUGGUCGAGUUAAAGCCUGGCGAACGACGUCGAGAGUAUAUCCCGGAGAGAGUUAAGCUAGGCGGGCUGUUGUUGUUGGCGGUGGGGGUGGAUUUCCCCGUUUCCUUCGUUCCCGGCCCUCGGGGAAAUACCGUGCUCGACGUCACACGAGUAAUGUAUCGGGACUAUGACACGCAUGGGAAGUAGCUCGAACGGAGGCCGUGCUUCCCGGUGGCGGAGACAUUUCUCGGGGUGAUUGUCGACCAGGAAAGGGAGCCGGAGAGCGGCUAGGCUAGGGCCAAGCUAGUUGGGCUAGCUGGCUAGUUCGAGGAAGUUGGGCGAGCCGGGACAAAGAGUUGAAAAUCGAGCCUUUGGCUUUCAAAUCCGAGGCGGGUGAGUCGCCGACGUUCGGAUUCUGAAGAGGAGGACAAAGAUUCAGCAGCUGUGAACAAAAGGCUCCCCUUCCACCUGCUUCUACCGCGUAACUUUCACGGGUAUCCCCUUCUCUCCUCCCCCAACAUGGAUUUAAAGACGGCGGUGUUCAACGCGGCAAGAGACGGGAAGCUCCGCUUGCUCGAAAAGCUCCUGGAGAACAAAGACGUACGCGAGGUGACCAAGCUGAUGGGCGAGAAGACUAACGGCGCAACGCCGCUCCUCAUGGCCUCCCGCUACGGCCACCUGGACCUGGUGGAGUACCUGCUGGAGUGCUGCCGUGCGCCCGUCGAGGUCGGCGGCUCGGUCAACUUCGACGGGGAGACCAUCGAGGGCGCCCCGCCGCUAUGGGCCGCUUCGGCCGCCGGCCACCUGAAGGUAGUGCAGUCGCUGCUCGGCCACGGAGCCUCCGUGAACAGCACGACGCUGACUAACUCGACGCCUCUGCGGGCGGCUUGCUUCGACGGCCACCUGGACAUCGUCAAGUACCUGGUGGAGCACAAGGCCGACCUGGAGGUGGCCAACAGGCACGGGCACACAUGUCUGAUGAUCUCCUGCUACAAGGGACACAAGGAGAUCGCGCAGUACCUGCUGGAGAGAGGCGCCGACGUCAACAGGAAGAGUGUCAAAGGCAACACAGCACUUCACGACUGCGCCGAGUCGGGCAGUCUGGAGAUUAUGCGUAUGUUGCUGCAGUACAGUGCGUCCAUGGAGCAGGACGGCUACGGCAUGACGCCACUGCUAUCCGCCAGCGUCACGGGCCACACCAACAUUGUCGACUACCUGACCGCGCACCACCAGACGAGCCACAAGGAACGCAUCGACGCCCUGGAGCUCCUGGGAGCCACGUUUGUAGACAAAAAGAGAGACCUGCUGGGAGCCUUGAAAUACUGGAAGAAAGCCAUGGAAUUCAGAUACAUGGACAGCAACAGCGUGGUCCAUAAACCUGAACCCAAGCAGCUGAUUAUGGCGUACGACUAUGCCCGGGAGGUGACAAAUGCUGAGGAACUGGACGGGCUCAUAUCAGACCCCGACGAGAUGCGCAUGCAGGCCCUGCUCAUCCGUGAGCGAAUCCUGGGCCCGCAGCACCCGGAUACGUCCUACUACAUUCGGUACCGUGGCGCCGUCUACGCCGACUCGGGCAACUUCGAGCGCUGCAUCAACCUGUGGAAGUACGCCCUCGACAUGCAGCAGAGCAACCUCGACCCCCUGAGCCCCAUGACGGCAUCCAGCCUGCUGUCGUUCGCCGAGCUCUUCUCCUUCAUGCUGCAGGACCGCGCCAAGGGCCUGCUGGGUACGUCUGUGUCCUUCGAGGAUCUGAUGGGCAUCCUGUCCAAAAGCGUGCUGGAGAUUGACCGCGCCGUCCGCCAGAGGCGCUCGCUGCCGCCGGACCCAGCCCAGCUGAGCAAGGCGCUGUCCAUCAUCCUGCACCUCGUCUGUCUGCUGGAGAAGGUGCCGUGCACCAUGGAGCAAGACCACUUGAAGAAGGAGACCAUCUAUAGGUUUCUAAAGCUGCAGCCGCGCGGCAAGAAUGGCUUCAGUCCGCUCCACCUUGCGGCCGACCGUAACACCACCUGCGUGGGCCGCUACCCGGUCUGCAAGUUCCCCUCGCUCACAGUCACCGCCAUCCUGCUCGAGUGCGGCGGCGACGUCAACAGCCGAGACGACGACGACAACAGCCCGCUGCACAUAGCCGCGUCCAAUGGCCACGCCGACAUCAUGAACCUGCUGGUGUCGGGCGGCGCUCACUUCGACAGCACCAAUGCCUUCCGGCAGACGGCCUGCGAACUCCUGGACGAAAAGGAGUUGGCGCGCAACGUCGUCCAGCCCAUCAAUCACACCACGCUGCAGUGCCUGGCCGCCCGCGUCAUCGUCAAGCACGGCCUCCGCUACCAGGGGAACAUCCCGGAAAAACUGGAGGCCUUCGUGGUGCUCCACAGAUAAUGACUGGAAACGCAUAAAUAAAAAGCGGAUUGAACUCCAAAUCAAUUGAGAAACAGGAUUGGAUUAACGACAUGGAUUUAUGCUUUUGUUUUUUAUUUUUUGUUUUUUAUUUUUGGUCCGGGAAAAGAAACGUUUUGGCAUAUUCACACAAAUGCUAUUUAUUCUCACAGAAUGACACUUGAGAGAUUUUUCUCCAUGCAACAAAAACUUUUUUUUGCUGGGAUUUCAGGUCUUUCAUUUUUCUUGCCAACAACUUUCGCAAUCAUGGUUUUUUUCUUUUUUUUUUUU